AUGUCCGCCUCGGUGGGGCCCCAAGGCGGCCCUCGCCCACCCACCGCGCCGCCAUCCAUGCCGGAUCUGCCGGACCUCAGCCACCUCACAGAGGAGGAGAGGAAGAUCAUUAUGGGAGUGAUGGCUCGGCAAAAGGAGGAAGAGGAGAAAGAACAAGCCAUGCUAAAAACACUGCACCAGCAGUUUGAGAGCUACAAACAGGAGGUGCGUCGCAUCGGAGCGGAGACACGGCGUCAACAGACCCAACAGAAGGAUGACGCACCCACCUGCGGUAUCUGCCGCAAGACCAAGUUUGCAGACGGCUGCGGCCACCUUUGCUCCUACUGCCAGACCAAAUUCUGCGCUCGCUGCGGGGGCCGGGUCUCCCUGCGCUCCAACAAUGAGGACAAAGUGUGUCUCAUAGUGAAGGACAGGGUAAUGUGGGUAUGCAACCUGUGCCGUAAGCAGCAGGAGAUUCUCACCAAAUCAGGAGAAUGGUUUUCGGGGUCAGGGGUGCGGCCUGGGAGCCUUGGCACCUCUUUGACCGACCCAGCCACGGGAGGUGAGGCCCAACGGGACAGGAAGCUACUUCGCUCCAGGUCCCAAGCCCCACCCUCCACCAAUUCCAACACAGGCCUGCCAGACGGGACACAGCCUCCCCCUGGUGUCACUGCUGCCAAGGGUGCUGACACCAUGCCUGGCUCCCGCUCCCAAAGUGAACCACCCAGAGAAAAGAAAAGGCCAGUUUCCCUCCAUGAACAAAAUGGUAAGGGAGGCAUGGGGCGCGGUAGUGGGCGGAGGCCUGCUGGGAAGUUGCCUUCUCAGUCAUCCCUGGAUGAGCGGGUAGGCCCCGCCGACCGAGGUGAGAGACGGUUAGGAGAUGGCCGGAGACUGGAGAAGAUCCAUUCUCAGGACUAUGAGGAUGGGGAGGAGAAUUUGGGUCGUUUAGAAACACAUCGCAGACGCCCAGAUGAUGAGGAACAGAGAGAGCGCCAGCGCCGUGAGGAGGAGUUCCAGAAUCGUUACCGUAGUGACCCCAAUCUUGCCCGAUACCCAGUUAAACCACAGAAGGAGGAGCAGGAGAUGCGCAUGCAUGCUAAAGUUUCCAAGGUCCGUCAUGAACGACGACACAGUGAUCUAGCGAUCAAUGAGGUUGGACUAGGGCCUGGCGAAGGAGGAGGUGCAGGGGAGGUGCCUGAAAACCGACUGGCCAGGAGAGGUGGAGGUGGGGAGGGAGACCACAAGGCCGUCAUGGAGAACCACCAAGCUUACUCUGUGGAUAGGACCGUGGGGGUUGGAGGGGGACCUCCCCCUGUAGGUGGUGUGAGAUCAGGGCCCCAACCUGGGGGACCAGUGCCUCCAGAUUGGGGCCCGAACAAGGGCCACCUAGAGCCCGGUACAACACGGACACCAAGGGACAAAGGUGGGGAUAACCUGCUGAGGAAGGACUCUCAGAGCUCAGACCAGUCGGAAUCUUUGCGGCCACCCCCUCCACGGUCAUACAAGAGCAAACGCGGAGUCAACAGGAGGCAGAUGUCCAUCAGCAGCUCAGAGGAGGAGGGCGGCUCCACGCCCGAGUACACCAGCUGUGAGGAUUGCGUCAGCGAGAAAGGUGACUGGGAUUGUCAUCCACUAGAUCCUACAGUGUGGCAUCAUCCAGUUACAUGGCAGCCAUCCAAAGAGGGUGAUCACCUGAUUGGGCGCAUCACUCUAAGCAAGAGGUCUGCCAUGCCCCGAGAAGCUGGCUCCCUCCUCGGCCUAAAAGUGGUUGGAGGGAAGAUGACAGAGACAGGGAGACUUGCGGCCUUCAUCACCAAAGUAAAGAAAGGCAGCCUAGCAGAUGUCGUGGGACACCUACGAGCAGGUGACGAGGUUUUACAGUGGAAUGGGAAGUCGUUGCCAGGAGCAACCAAGAAAGAAGUGUACAACAUUAUCCUUGAAUCCAAGGCUGAGCCUCAAGUGGAGAUUGUUGUUUCAAGACCUAUCGGAGACAUCCCGAGAAUCCCAGAGUCAUCCCACCCUCCUCUAGAAUCUACAGGCUCCAGUUCCUUUGAGUCACAGAAAAUGGACCGUCCCUCUAUAUCAGUAAUGUCCCCUACUAGCCCCGGGACCCUCAGAGACCUUCCUCUGGUAUUGCCUGGACAGCUCUCUGUGAAACUGUGGUACGACAAAGUGGGCCAUCAGUUGAUCGUCAACGUCCUUCAAGCCAUAGACCUGCCACCCCGACCAGACGAACGACCUCGGAACCCCUAUGUCAAGAUGUACUUCCUGCCUGAUAGAAGUGAUAAGAGUAAACGACGGACUAAAACAGUGAAGAAGAGUGCCGAGCCCAAGUGGAACCAGACCUUCUUAUACUCCCACGUUCACAGACGGGACUUCCGAGAACGCAUGCUAGAGAUCACUGUCUGGGACCAGCCUAGGGUCCAAGAGGAGGAGAGCGAAUUUCUGGGCGAGAUCCUGAUAGAGUUGGAGACCGCCUUGCUGGACGACAUUCCUCAUUGGUAUAAACUCCAGACGCAUGACGUGUCCUCUAUACCUCUGCCACAGCCUUCUCCGUACCUCCCACGCAGACAUGUCCAUGGAGACAGCCCCAGCAAGAAACUACAGAGGUCUCAUCGCAUCAUUGAUACAGAGUUUGAUGAUGGUUUGAUAGUAACUAAAGAUGCAGAGCGUAACUCCAGGGAGAGAGAGCGAGGCAGUACGCUGGCUGUGCCCGAGCAGCAGCGAACCGUCCAGCACCGCUCCCGCUCAGUGUCUCCUCACAGAGAGGACUCCUGCAGGGCAAGGUCACGACCCGCACACGUGCCCAUGCAAAGGAGUCUGGAUGAGAUCCACCAGAACCGUCACCACUCCCACUCCCCCUCCCGCUACCACGACUCACACUUGGAGCAUCAGCGCUCUGGUGACUCGGACUACGAGUACUCUGAGGACAGUGAGGUCCUGGAGAUGCACAGGUCUAUCCGGGGCGGGAGUGCCGAGUGCCUGCACACAAACAGCGACCUGCAGCCAUCGUUGGACAGAGUGAGGAGUGCCAGCACCACUUGUCUGAGACCAGACACCAACUUUCACUCUCCUGACAGAGACAGGUGCUCCAACUCUUUGCCCCGCAAGACUCCCCCAAGACCAAGGAUCUUAGUAGAACAUGUGGCCCCUGAGGAAGACAGGCAGUGUAGCAAUUCAUCAAGUCCAAACUGUCUAAGGGGCAGCAAAAAAAGCCUGGAGGGUGACAGUCGCAUCCAGCCCACCUCUAUCCUGAGGGGCAGUAGGGGGAGAGGGGGCCCACUGAGGCCCUUUGGCCAGACUGCCCUGGCAGGGUCCUGUACUAACUCUCCACGGCCAGACAGAGCACACCAUCAUGGCAGCCCCUCCUCUCCCACUGGGACUCCAUCAUCAGGUCGCAGGGGCAGGCAGCUGCCACAGCUCCCUGCUAAGAGCAGCAGCAUAGAGAUAGCCCUUGCGGUGGAGGAGCGAGCCCGACAGCUGCAGAUGAAAGUACAUUCCUACCGGCCUUCAGCCUCCCACGACCCCGAGACGGACCUCAAGACCAAACGGGAGAUGUACGCAGAACAGAGGCGCAGCAGUGACAACAUGUCGGCCAGAUCGUCAGACAGUGAUAUGAGUGAUGUGUCAGCUCUCUCCCGUGCCAGCAGUGCCUCCCGCCUCAGUAGCACCAGCUACAUGUCUAUCCAAUCAGAACGACCCGGGGGACGACUCAGGUCCAAGUCAUUAGAGGAGGAGAAGAAGGACAGGAGGAUUUCGUGGGGGGUGAAUGGAGAGGAGGGGAGGAGGAGGUCGGCGGGAAAGAGACGUUUCUCUGAGGAGUUGAAGCGCAGGAGACACACUGUAGCUGGAGACACAAGGGAGUCCAGUCGGCAGAUGCGAGCGUCAGCGGGCCGCAGCAUGCUAAAGAGCUCCAGCGUGAGCGGGGAGAUCUACACCCAAGAGCGAACAGACGGCAGCCAAUCGGACACAGCGCUGGGCACGGUGGGCGGCGGCAGCAAAAAGAGACGCUCCAGCCUCAGUGCCAGGGUGGUGGCCAUUGUGGGUAACCGCCGCAGCCGCAGCACUUCACAGAUCAGCGGCCCUGAGGGGAAGAGUAAGAAGGAGAAGGGUGCGCCCAUCCAGAGGAGCACAGAGACCGGCAUGGCAGUGGAGCUGACCAGGAACAUGAGUCGCCAGCCUAGCAGAGAGUCCAACAAUGGCAGCAUGAACAGCUACAACUCUGAGGGAAAUUUGAUCUUCUCUGGAGUCAAUCUGGGUGCCAGCAGUCAGUUCAGUGACUUCCUGGAUGGUCUAGGACCGGCUCAGUUAGUAGGCAGGCAGACACUGGCUACACCUGCCAUAGGUGACAUCCAGAUUGGGAUGAUGGAGAAAAAGGGUCAGCUGGAGGUUGAAGUUAUCAGAGCGCGUGGACUUGUCCAAAAGCCAGGAUCCAAAUCUCUCCCUGCUCCAUAUGUCAAGGUCUAUCUGCUGAAUAAUGGAGCGUACGUAGCCAAAAAGAAAACCAAGAUUGCACGGAAAACACUUGACCCACUGUACCAGCAAGCACUGCUAUUCGAGGAAAGCCCACAGGGUAAAGUCUUACAGGUGAUUGUAUGGGGAGACUACGGCCGCAUGGACCAUAAAAGCUUCAUGGGAGUUGCACAAAUCCUAUUGGAGGAACUGGACUUAUCAAGCACAGUAAUCGGUUGGUACAAGUUGUUCCCACCUUCCUCCUUGGUGGAUCCGACGCUCGCCUCCCUAACACGGCGAGCUUCCCAGUCAUCGCUGGACAGCUCCUCUGGACCACCAGGGGUCCGAUCCUAG